AUGGCGGAGGCAGGUGGUGAUGGAGUGCAACUGGAGGGUGACAUGAUGAGAUAUGGGGAGUAUAUUCCUAAAUCGAGUAUUCAAAGUCAAACAGACAAUGACAAAAGAGCUGGUGAUAUUUUGAUCACCGUCGGCCUUGGGGUUGCUGCUGCUGCUUUUGCAGGACGCUACGCAUUCCACCUAUGGAAGCCGUUAGGACAAGUCAUCUCAGAAACAGCAAAGAAAAUACCUACCUCAGCAUUCUCAGCGUAUUACAAAGGAGGGUUUGAGCAGAGGAUGAGUAAACGGGAAGCCAGCCUCAUCCUGGGGAUCAGCCCGACCAGCACCAAGGCCAAGGUACGAGAAGCCCACAGGAGGAUCAUGGUUUUAAAUCACCCAGAUAAAGGUGGCUCUCCGUAUUUGGCGGCGAAGAUCAACGAAGCGAAAGACCUGCUGGAUUCUGGCUCGCGCCGAUGACCUGGCUCUCCCUC